CCCGGGAUAGAAGAGGCUGCUCCCUCCGGCGCUGUCACAGUGCGGAUGCUGCCUCCCUGACCACCCACUGCACCGGCACCCAGGAGCCCCGCCGAACCGGCAGCACCGCAGGGCAGCCGCCUCCCGCCUGGAGUGUCCCAUGGAGCGGGCUGGAGGCGCGGGUGGUGCCGACACUGGGGGCACGGGGCCCCCCCAGGCCCAGGGCAGCGCAGCACCUGCAGCUCCCCAGGCUGCCCAGCCCGAAACAGCGACAGCGGCAGCCGCCACCAUGGCACCGGAUGAAGGCACAGAUGAGCCUGGAGGAGGGAAGACAGAGCUGGAGCAGGAGACAGCUCUGGCUGCUCCAGAGCCCCAGGAUGGACGGGAAGCAGUUUCAGGAGAGGCUGUGCAGCAUGAUGGAGGACAGGCAGCAUCUGAAGAAGGGCAGGCAGCACCCACUGGAGAGAAGGUGCCAGCUGCCACCGAGGCCCAGGGUGUAGGGAAGGAUGAGAAAGACAAGCCUGAGAAGAAGAAAGCUCCAGCUACAGGAGAGCUCAAAGGAGGAAAGGCUUCAGCUGCUGCAAAGGCUAAGGAUGGAGGGAAGGAUGAGACCAUGGAGAGGAAGGGCCUGCCUGUAAUUGAGGCACAGGAUAGAGGAAAGGACAAGCCCAAGAAGGAGGAAGCACCUGGUGGGUCGGGGGCUGAGAGUGGUGGAAAAGCAGAGUCCACUGAGGAGAAGGCUCUGGCUGCAGCAAACUCUGAAGGAGGGAAGGCAAAACCUAUGGAGGAGACAGCUUUGGCUGCAGCUCAGGCUCAGGAUGGAGGCAAAGGAGAGCCGGCAAAGGAGAAAAUCACAGUGGUUGCAAAACAGGAGGUCCCAGCCACUGCUAAAGCUCCAGAUGAAGGGAAGCAAGAUGCAAAGGAACAGCAAGCACCAGCUGCUACCAAGCCAGCAAAGGAGAAAACCACAGCUGCAGCAAAAGAGAAGGCCCCAAAUGCUGCAAAGGAGAAAACCCCAAAUGCUGCAAAGGAGAAGACCCCAGAUGCUGCAAAGGAGAAGACCCCAAAUGCUGCAAAGGCUCAGAGUGGGGAGAAUGAAGUGGUAAAGGCAGAAAAACCCCCAGAAGUUAAAAAGGCUCUGGACAGAGGCAAAGAGGAGCCCGUGAAGGAGAAGGCUGCAGCUUCAGUGAAGGAGAAAACCACAGCUUCAGUGAAGGAGAAAGCCAUAACUCCUGCAAAGGAGAAAGCCCUAGAUGCUGCUAAGGCUCAGGAUAUAGAGAAGGCAGAAGCAAAGGCAGAGAAAACACCAGCUGAAAAAAUGGCUCAGGGUGGAGACAAAAUAGAACCUGCAAAGGAGAAGUCCCCAGCAGCUGUGAAGGUGCAGGAUGGAGGGAAGAAAACUGCAAAGGUGGAAAAAUCCACGGUUGCAUCAAAGGCUGGAAACGAAGGGAAAGAUCCUAAAAAGGAGAAGGUCCCAGCUACUGCAAAGGCUCAGGAUGGAGGAAAGAAAGCUAAAGAGGUGGAGCCUCCCACACCUGGAGCAGAGGCUGGGGAUGGGGCUGUGGAGCCCACAGAGGCAGCAGCCAUGGCUGCUGUGAAGGCUAAGGGUGAAGGAGAGGAAGUGUCCAAGGGGACAGAGGGGCAGGCACCAACGAUCCCUGAGCCCCUGCACCCGGCUCUGCUGCAGAGCCUGAGCUGCCCGGCUGCCUGCCACAGGGAGGAGCAGCCCUGGGCAGAGGUGGCAGAGAUGGAGACAAUAGAAGAGGAGACCACGAUGGUGGAGCCAAAAGAGGGUCUGACAGAACUUGUCUCUGGCCCACCAGCCCUGGAGAACCUGCAGCCCCUGGAACCUGCCAGCACCCCUCAGGAGAGGACAUUGCCCAGUGCCACAGGGCAGCCCCCAGAUCCUGCUGGGAUGGUGGAGCAACCUGGACCUGGGGUGCAACCAUCUUUAACAGAGGCAAAGCCACCCCCCAGCCCCUACCUCACCCCUGAUUUUGGGAAGGAAGACCCUUUUGAGAUAUUGGAUGAUGUCCCUCCACCGCCAGCGCCCUUCGCUCAUCGCACUGUCACCCUGCGCUCCGCCAGUGUCAGCUCCCAGUUCAGCCUCAGCUCCAAGGACAUCCUGGGGGGGGGCAAGUUUGGUGAAGUUCACACAUGCACAGAGAAGGAGACAGGGCUCAAGCUGGCAGCCAAAGUGAUCCGGAAGCAGGGAGCAAAGGACAAGGAGAUGGUGCUGCUGGAGAUCGAUGUGAUGAACCAGCUGAACCACCACAAUCUCAUCCAGCUCUACGAUGCCAUAGAAACACCCCGGGAGAUCAUCCUCUUCAUGGAAUUUGUGGAGGGUGGUGAGCUCUUUGAGCGGAUCAUCGAUGACGACUACCACCUGACAGAGGUGGACUGCAUGGUGUUUGUCCGGCAGAUCUGCGAGGGCAUCCGCUUCAUGCACCACAUGCACGUCCUCCACCUCGACCUCAAGCCCGAGAACAUCCUCUGUGUCAGUGCCACCGGGCACAUGGUGAAGAUCAUCGACUUUGGGCUGGCUCGAAGGUACAAUCCCAACGAGAAGCUGAAAGUGAACUUUGGCACCCCUGAAUUCCUCUCCCCUGAGGUGGUCAACUACGAGCAGGUCUCCUAUUCCACGGACAUGUGGAGCAUGGGCGUCAUCACCUACAUGCUGCUCAGCGGCCUCUCCCCCUUCUUGGGUGACGAUGAUACCGAGACACUCAACAAUGUCCUGGCUGCCAACUGGUACUUCGACGAGGAGACCUUUGAGAGUGUCUCCAAUGAGGCCAAGGACUUCGUCUCCAACCUCAUCAUCAAGGAUAAGAGUGGCCGGAUGAGUGCUGACCAGUGUCUGCAGCAUCCCUGGCUCAAUAACCUGGCAGAAAAGGCCAAACGCUCCAACCGGCGGCUCAAGUCCCAAGUGCUGCUCAAGAAAUACGUCAUGAGGCGGCGCUGGAAGAAAAAUUUCAUCGGGGUGUGUGCUGCCAACCGCUUCAGGAAGAUCACCAGCUCGGGGUCCCUGACAGCGCUGGGCAUCUGAGCUGGGCUCCCAGGGUGAGCCGAGGCCAGAAAGGAACCACUUGAGAGGGACCCCCCCACCAGUCUGGAGCAGCUCUGGAGCUGGUCCCACCGCGCUGAGGACCACAUCACCGCUGGGGGUGCUCGCAGUGGCCUUGAGGCUCCUGAGGCUCCAGCCCUCCUCACUCCCAGCGAGCCGAUGCUCCUGUCGGGAUCUCCUCAGACUGUGGAGCUGCUCCGGAGUGAAGGUUUCUGAUCUCAUCACUGGCCCUGGCCUGUCUGCGUGAUGCCCGACCUGCAGCAUCUCUGCUCUGCUCACGCUUCCUUUAUGUGCCCUCAGAGGAGGAAGGCCAUUCCGGUGUGACCCCGCCGCCUCGGCCACCUGGUGCUUGCUGCUUUUGGACUCAAAAUGUGCCUUCUCUGCCUGUAAAUGCCGCCUCCACUGCCGCUGGCCCCUGCACUCACUGCCUGACCUCCCUUCCCAGCUCUGUGGCUCGGCGAUGAUGCUGGAGGGCACCGCGGACCCUCACCCCGAUGCUUUGGCACCGGAGCCGGGGCUCAAGCACCUCCUCCCGGCCAGCGGGGCAUGUGGGAGCGGAGCUGGCCCCGAGCUGCUGCUCGCACAGGAAGGGAGGAAGCAGCAAGCACGCUUCCAGCGGCGUCCCCAGCUGGGAGCCAAAGAGGAAAGAAGGAGGCUUUGUGUUCCUCCUGCCCUCCCUGCCCUUCGGUUUUGCCAGCGGGGGAAAAACACAACCUCUGCUUCACCCGUCCCCGGCAGAUCGCGAUGAGCGAGGCGGGCUAAUGCAGAGCAGCUGGCCCGCGCUCCCCGCUCCGGCCGGCACCGCUCACCCGACCACCAACACACCGGAACUGCUCCCCCGCCCCGUGCGGGGGCUCCGCGGGACCUGCUGGGGCUGCAGGGCUGCUGCUCCAGCUCCCGCGCCUUGUCCCGAUCCCCGUCCUCUCUGUCUGAACCCCUUGGGCCUCCCCGGUGCUGCCAGAGGAUGGGCAUCCCCUGGGAUUUGCAGCAUCCAGCCUUGCCCACUGCAGGAGGGGAUGGGAGGUUGGCAGAGGUCCCCCAGCUUUGGCUUUUGCCAUGGUUGAGUUCCCCCAAGCCAAGGCUGCGUGUUUGCUCUGGAGCUGCCUCUGCCCUCUGUGCCUGCUGGAAAAACAUUGGGGAGAGACACAGGGAAACAUUACCCCUCACCCCUACACCGGCUGCAGCAGGGGAAGGGGCUUCAGGCUUGUCCCCUCUGGGCAGGAGCCACGGCCCCAUAAUGGAACCCUCCACAGCGCUCGCCUUCUUGUAAAUAAAUGUACAGGUCUGCCCACAGACCACAC